AUGCUCCUUGCAGUAGCCAGGUCGAGUUUCAGAGGCUCCCAUCUUCUUGCGCACUCCAACCCUCCAUACUCUUCAGCAGUUGCUUUUGUCCAACUAGUGGAUUCUCAUUCAAACCGGACUUGCGUAAGAGACUCUGAAAACCAGCCAUGGCUGCGCUGCGCACGGUUGGUCAGUGGCCUACCUCACUCACCAGCUAAAGCCGUGCGAACGUUUCACACGUCCGCCUGCUUGCGUCAGGACCUCCGAGACGAACCUCCGCCCCACCGAAGUACUGUAAACCAGGGUACCAAGCCUGCUAAAAGUCCAGCCAAACAAGUUGUAGAGACUGCCGGGGGAAAAAAGUCUUUACGCCAAAAAAUUGUGGAUGAACUGAAACAUUAUUACAAUGGAUUCCACUUGCUUUGGAUCGACACUAAGGUGGCUGCCAGGAUGGUGUGGAGGCUCUUACAUGGUCAGGUCCUCACUAGGAGGGAGAGACGAAGGUUGCUGAGAACUUGCGCAGAUCUCUUCCGGCUGGUUCCCUUCCUGGUGUUUGUCAUUGUCCCCUUCAUGGAAUUUCUGUUACCUGUAUUCUUGAAACUCUUUCCUGAAAUGCUGCCCUCGACGUUUGAGACGGAGUCAAAAAAGGAAGAAAAGCAGAAAAAGAAGUUAAACGCAAAGCUGGAGUUAGCAAAGUUCCUGCGGGAGACCAUUGCAGAGAUGGCCAAAAGGAACAAAGCAGAUACAGGACAAGGAAAACAGUUCUCUUCUUAUGUGCACCAGAUUCGGCAUACCGGCCAUCAGCCCAGCACCCAGGAGAUCGUACGUUUCUCCAAGCUCUUUGAGGAUGAGCUGACCCUGGAACACUUGGAACGGCCACAGUUGGUAGCUCUUUGCAAAUUGCUUGAGCUGCAGCCCAUUGGCACCAACAAUCUGCUCCGCUUUCAACUUCUGCUGAGACUCAGAACUAUCAAGGCAGAUGAUGAAAUGAUUGCCAAGGAAGGAGUCCAUGGCCUGAGUGUGUCUGAACUGCAGAGUGCAUGCAGAGCCAGAGGAAUGCGAUCACUGGGUCUCUCGGAGGAGCAACUAAAGGAACAGCUCAGACAGUGGCUGGAUCUGCAUUUAAAAGAGAAUGUUCCACCUUCUCUGCUCCUGCUUUCCCGUGCCUUGUACUUAAUAGAUGUAAAGCCACAAUCUGUCCCGGUUCCGCAAAAUAAGAGAGGUGGAACUGCUGAAAUCAUGACAUCCGUCCCCGAAGAUCAAGAGACCCCGGUGGAUCCUGCCCCCAUUGUUCAGGGAAGAAAGAAUGAAGAAUUUGUAUCUCAGCCAGCAGAGAAAUUGCCAGUCUCAGAAGUGUCAGUUAAGCCUCCCCCACGAGAGACUAAAAUGGAAGCAUCUCAGAGCAGCAAGGCCGGUGCCAACGGAGUCUAGCCUGAAGCCAGCAAGGACUAACGCCAGGAGAGAAGAGCUUUCAUCUCUGCACCUCCUUAACAGGAAAGAGAGGUUUUCCAGGAGGUUUUCCAGGAGGCUGCUUUACACGAAAAGGUGUCAGUAGCCCUCAGG